UAAAUGCAGAAACUGAAUGAAAAUAUAUUUGAAUAAUUAGACAAGAGAGACGAUUGAAAGAAAGGAAAUUAAAGAGAGAGGAACAAUAGCAUGUUAUGAUAAUGAAGGACCCCCCUUCCCCCACCUGCAUUCAUUGUUUGUCUUACUCUCUUUACUCUCUUCUGCCUACAAAUACUCCUUCCCUCUUCUCUUCUCUUACACCAAUUAACACAUUUCAAACUGUAUUUGUCCUGCUCUAGUCUUUUCUACAAACACAAUAUAUAUACAAGUAUCCGAAGAAGAAGAAGAAGACAAAGAGAAGUCAUGUCUUGCUCUGUGAGGAGUGGACUCGCGAUGGUGUUCUGUUUCAUUCUUCUGCUUUUGUCUUCCAAUGUUGGAUGCGCCACUGCUCGUCGUCUAGGGUCACAUAAGCAUCAUCACAGGGUUGCUUCUUUGGUACACAACGUCGUCAAUGGUGGAGGAAGGAGGAGGGUGUUGGGUGGAGUCGAGACAGGGGAUGAAGUAGUGGUCAUGGACUAUCCUCAGCCUCAUCGUAAGCCUCCCAUCCACAAUGAGAAGUCUUAAUUACCCGAUCCAAUACCCCUUUCUCUAUAUAUCAUACUUUUAUAUGCAUGUAUGCAUUCACCAUGUGUUGGUGGUUGUAAUGACUCUUGUGCUAUCUAUAUAUAUAUUCACGACCAACUUCUUUUGUUCUUUAUUUCUCCUCGUAUACAACAAACAAGGUGCAUCCUUUUAUAUAAUCU